AUGCCGUUGAAGCAGGCGGUCAAUAAUCUCCUCGCUAUGGGAGGCGAUGUCGCAAUUCCAGUUCUCACCGCCGUCAAUACUGCAUCGGGCGUGUUCCCCCCCCUACAGGCUGCCACCAAUGCCGCACUCUUCAUCCUCACUGAAAUCAGAAAGUUCAGGGGAAACAAGGAAGAAUGGGGGCGUUUUGGGAAAUAUAUCGGGGACGCCAUGGUCGAUGUCCUUACAGCCAUCGAUUCGUAUGACGAAGAGCCUAAGCCGUGGGUGGAAAGCGUCAAGAAGCUGAGCGAGGCGCUGGAGCGCAUUCGAAUUGAGAUCAAUCGGUUGCGUGGAAAGAUGGAAAGGCAGUCUGGUAUCCGCAACUUCCUCUCUCAUAUGAAGAACCCCAGUAGGAUCGAUGAUUUAAAGAAAGAUUUUAGCGAAGCGUUGGCAAUGUUCCAGCUGCAGACAAAUAUGACGGUUGGUGCAAUAGCAAACAAUCAAGAUCGGUUCACUCGUGGAGUAGAAGAUUCCUCAGUUCUGAAUGAACUCAAAUAUCCCAUUGUCGCCCAUCACGGUUCAACUCAGCCGUGCUUGAAAGACACCAGGAUUGAUCUGAUCGAGCGCAUUAUGGCGUGGUGUCGUACCACGGAGGAUAGCAAGAAUCGUAUAUUACUGCUAACGGCCGUGGCUGGUGCCGGCAAGACAUCUGUUGCGCUCUCAAUCGCAGAGGAGUGUAAAAGAGAAAAGAUAUCAUCGUCAAGCUUCUUUUUCAAAGCAGGCGAGCAGUCACGGCCGGACCAUCUGUUCAGCGGCAUGGCUCGAUCUCUGGCAACCAAUGACCCUGCAUACCGUGCCUCACUCAUAUCGACUCUUCAGGAGGACCCAGCCCUCUCGACUGCCCCGUUCGCGACGCAAUUCGAGAAACUAGUGGCUGAACCUCUCCGUCUCAGGACAUCCUCGUCUGGUCGUCCUAUGGUGAUCAUCAUUGACGCGUUAGAUGAGUGCGACACAGAGGCGUUCCCACUUCUUGCCAACAUACUUCGAAAAGAAGUGCCAAAACUACCGAUCAACAUCAAAUUCUUUGUCACUUCUAGGCAAUUCGACCUUGUUGACCGUUUUCUAUCGCUUAAUUACCCCAUCAAUCGCCUCACCAUAAAUCUUUCGGACGAUAUUAACAUGCAUGACUGCGCUAUCUACAUCCGGUCGCAACUGCGUGAACUGAAGGAUGUGCAUAAUGAUAUGAAAGUCGGAAUGGGGGAGGAAGAUGAAUUGGUCCAGUGCAUAUUAGAGCGAGCAGGUGGCCUGUUCAUUUGGAUCAGUACUGUGUUUCGCUACAUGAAGGUCACCGGUGGAGAUGCCACGAAGAUGCUAAAGAAAUUGCUCGAUGAUGAUCUCAGCCGAUCAAAGGCUUCUGCAGAGGAAAUGAUGGAUAAGCUGUAUGCGAACAUUCUGGAGAAGUGUAACUGGAAGAACGACGAUUUCGUGCAUGACUACCCGAUUGUGAUGGGAGCAAUCUUAGUUGCACGGCAGCCACUAUCUGUUGCGGCUUGGAAUGCCAUUCUGUCGCCUCUCCUAGAGUCGGACAUCAGAUAUACGUUAGCUCAACUUGCGCCCCUCGUCUCAGGAGUAGGGGAUUCUAACAAGCCAAUUCGUAUUCUGCACCAAUCUUUCCGCGAUUUUCUCACGGACCGAGUCGGUCCACAAUCACCCAUACUUGGUCGGUUUGCAGUGGAUGCAAGGAGGGAGGAUGCCAGAGUAGCCUUGCGCUGCAUUGAAAUCUUGAAUAAAGAUCUUCCCACUGUGAAAGGGUUGGGACUGAUUGAGGACUUAUCCGAAAUGGCUAAGCUGCCAUCCAUUCCUCAAGAGGCGCUGUCCGAACACGUUCAUUAUGCAUGUCGGCAUUUCGUGCACCAUCUCAGCCAAUUUCAGGGGCCGCUGGAGGCGCCCAGCGGGCAUAUUGACGCAUUUCUCGGUGGGCAAAUAUCGCGCUGGGUGGAAGUCUGUGUGAGGACGGAAGGGUAUAUUAGUAUAUCAUCGUUCCCUGAAUGGGCCAAGUUGAACCUUGAUUGGGCCUCCAAAGAGGUCAUUCACCUGUUGGUCAAAGUGUUUGGCAAUGUGAGUGGAAAUCUUGGGUUCUUUUUAAGAUUGCAGGAGGCAUAUGAGAUGGCAAGUGAUUCAGUUGCACUGUGCCAUUGCCUUGUGUCUACGGACUCAGAGUCCUACACUCCGGAUUUGGCUCGAGCGCUUCGGCAUCUUUAUGUAUCACUCUCCAAAGUUGGGUGCCAUUCCGAGGCGUUCAUGGUGAUCGAAGAAAGUGUCCAACUCUGGCGUGAGCUUGUUGCCACCCAUCCAACAUCAUACACCCCAGAUCUGGCUGGAGCGCUCCGGAGUCUUUUUGUAUCACUUGACAAAGUUGGACGCCAUUCCGAGGCACUCACAGUGAUUGAAGAAAGUGUGAAACUCUGGCGCAAGCUAGUUGCCACUCAUCCAACAUCAUACACCCCGGAUUUGGCUGGGGCGCUCCGGAAUCUUUCUGUAUCACUCAACACAGUUGGACGCCAUUUCGAGGCGCUCACAGUGAUUGAAGAAAGUGUGAAACUCUGGCGCAAGCUAGUUGCCAACCAUCCAACAUCAUACACCCCGGACUUAGCUGGAGUGCUCCGGAAUCUUUCUGUAUCACUUAACACAGUUGGACGCCAUUCCGAGGCGCUCACAGUGAUUGAAGAAAGUCUGAAACUCUGGCGCAAGCUAGUUGCCACCCAUCCAACAUCAUACACCCCGGAUUUAGCUGGAGUGCUCCAGAAUCUUAAAGCAUCACUCGACCAAGUUGGACGCCAUUCUGAGGCGCUCACAGUGGUCGAAGAAAGCGUGAAACUGUGGCGCGAGCUAGUUACCACCCAUCCAACAUCAUACACCCCAGAUUUGGCUCGAGCGCUCCGGGAUCUUGAGGUAUCACUCAACAACGUUGGAUGCCAUUCUGAAGCGCUCAUGGUGAUCGAAGAAAGUGUGAAACUCUGGCGCGAGCUAGUUGCCACCCAUCCAACAUCAUACACCCCGGGUUUGGCUGGAGCACUCUGGAAUCUUUUUGUAUCACUGGACAAAGUUGGACGCCAUUCCGAGGCGCUCACGGUGAUCAAAGAAAGUGUGAAACUCUGGCGUGAGCUAGUUGCCACCCAUCCAACAUCAUACACCCCGGAUCUGGCUGGAGUACUUCGGAAUCUUAAAGUAUCACUCGACCAACUUGGACGCCAUUCCGAGGCGCUCAUGGCAAUCGAAGAAAGUGUGAAACUCUGGCGCGAGCUAGUUGCCACUCAUCCAGCAUUAUAUAUCCCAGAUUUGGCUCGAGCGCUCCAGAAUCUUAAAGUAUCACUCGACAACGCUGGACGCCAUUCUGAGGCGCUCUCAGUGAUUGAGGAAAGUGUGAAACUCUGGCGCGAGCUAGUUUCCACCCAUCCAACAUCAUACACCCCAGAUUUGGCUGGUGCGCUCUUGAAUCUUAAAGUGUCACUUGACAAAGUUGGGCACCAUUCCGAGGCCCUCACAGUGAUUGAAGAAAGUGUGGAACUCUGGCGCAAGCUAGUUGCCACCCGCCCCACAUCAUACACCCUGGAUUUGGCUCGAGCGCUCCUGAAUCUUUUUGUAUCACUUGACAAAGUUGGACGCCAUUCCGAGGCGCUCAUGGUGGUCGAAGAAAGUGUGAAACUCUGCCGUGAGCUAGUUGCCACCCAUCCAACAUCAUACACCCUGGAUUUGGCUCUAGCCCUUCGGAACCUUUUUGUAUCACUCGACAAAGUUGGACGCCAUUCCGAGGCGCUCACAGUGAUCAAAGAAAGUGUACAGCUCUCGCGCGAGCUGGUUGCCACCCAUCCGACACCAUACAUUCCGGAUUUGGCUUUAGCGCUUGGGAGCCUAGAUGCAUCGCUCACCAACAUUCGUGAAUGA